GUGCGUGGAUUGUCCUUGCGAGAAAAAGAGAGAAAAGGAGUACCACAGUGGAGCAGGGAGGGAGAAUCCAUCAAAGGUCGACCUACUAAAGUUGAAACCCUCUCCCCUACCUAGCGCACCUUACAUCCAUGGAUUAAUUCUCUCUCCCGUGCCCGUGCACAUAAAUGUAGGCUCUCUCUCUCUCUCUCUCUCUCUCUCUCUCUCUCUCUCUCUCUCUCUCUCUCUCUAAAGGCGUCCCUGGAAACAAACAGGGUCUCAAGAUCCACAGAGCUAGACAGACUGACAGAGUCGAAGGAACUCAGACAUGGAGGAGGGGGAGGAUGCCGAUGCCAUUGCCAUGGCCGAGGAGAGCCCCAAGCAGCAGGCUGCGGCAUGCAACAAGCGCGCGAGGCUCCACAGGUCGUUCCUGCGCCUGUCCAGAGCCCUCAAGAAGCUCCACGCCCGCCGCGGCCACCAGGCGGCAGCGACCGCGGGCGCCUCCGAGCCGCCGCAGACGCCGUCGUCCUCCGCCGCCGCCUCAUUCCUCUCCGGGUGCAUGCACCAUCCCCGGACCCACUCCUUCGCCUCCGCCCGCCGCCACAACAAGCACGAGGACGACGACCGCGAGGACGCCCUCGCCGUCAACUUCCGGUCACUCCGGAUCGUCGGCAGCACGACGGCUGAUGCCGUUGUCGCCAAUGAGUGCUCGAGCGCCUCGUCGUCGCUGCAGGACCAUUACAGCAGCGACGGCGGCAGGGAGCGCGAGGGCGUGGUGCCGCCGCUACCUGCCGCAGUGGCCAGCAAGGCGUCGGUCGUCGGCGGCGCAGGCGUCGCGGUCGUGACCUUCUCCGCAGCGCCGUACGAGGACUUCCGGCGGUCCAUGCGGGAGAUGGUGGACGACGCCGCCGCAUGCGGCUCGGCGGCGCCGGCGGUGGACUGGGACUUCAUGGAGGAGCUGCUCUUCUGCUACCUCCGCCUCAACGACCGCGCGGUGCACGGGGACAUCCUCCGCGCCUUCACCGACACGGUCGCCGCGCUCCGGCGGAGGAGGAGACGCAGGGCGGCGGCGAAGAGCGGGCGGGCGCGCCGGCGGGGCGCUGGAGCGGACAGCAACGGGUGACGGCGACGUGGAGGCCACGGCGGCGUCGUGAUACGUGCCGAGGACGAGGAGGAGCAUAGGUAAGCCGGCCGGCGGUAGUGCGGCGCCCCGCCUCGCCGCCGCGCACGGCCGGUUAGCCGGCGUCCUUACGAGUUAACGGUCGCGCGCACAUUUUUAUGAGUCCUAUUGAAUGUGAUAAAGUAACCUGCAUGUUAAUUACUCUGUUGCCAGUGUUAAUGUAAAGUGGCAUAGUGAUUAAACUUCUAGAAGUAUUUCAUCGUAUGAAAAUCUCUUUUUUUAUUUCUUAAAAAAAUCUCUUUUUUUUCUUGUCAUACUGACUCUACUGUAUCAGUAACUUUGCUCAUGUAGUGUAAAAUUUAAUGACCGUUUGGAUCAUCUGUGAUUAAAAUUUAGUCCACGGUGCACCUUAUGUUGGACCUACUUGUAACG